GGUAGCCUGAGCCCUAAGGCCUCCGCUAUAUAUCCAGAAAACCCUAAUCCCCAGGCUUCCCUCCGCCUGUUAGGGUUUGCUCUUCGCUCCAGACCUCCCUCGAGAGCCGUCCGCCGCACCCGCUGCCACCGCAACCACCGCCGCCAUGGGUCGUAUGCACAGUCACGGCAAGGGUAUCUCAUCGUCGGCGUUGCCGUACAAGAGGACUCCUCCGAGCUGGCUCAAGAUCUCCGCGCAGGACGUGGAGGAGAACAUCUGCAAGUUUGCAAAGAAGGGACUGACGCCGUCGCAGAUUGGUGUUAUUCUCCGUGAUUCUCACGGUAUUGCCCAGGUGAAAAGUGUCACCGGGAGCAAGAUUCUCAGGAUUCUUAAGGCUCAUGCGCUUGCACCAGAGAUUCCGGAGGAUUUGUACCAUUUGAUUAAGAAGGCGGUGGCGAUCAGGAAGCACUUGGAGAGGAACAGGAAGGACAAGGACUCCAAGUUCAGGUUGAUUCUUGUGGAGAGCAGGAUCCACCGCCUGGCUCGUUACUACAAGAGGACCAAGAAGCUCCCUCCUGUAUGGAAAUAUGAAUCCACCACCGCCAGCACUCUUGUGGCGUAGGCUUUAAUCUCUGCAGCCUCAUGGAUGCUUAUGCUUUGCUAGAGGGAGAAAAAUUUGUCUUUGUUUUUGCCAAAAUAUGACAACCUUAUCUAUGCUCUAAAUUAGUGGACAUUAUUUUUGUUUUUAAUCUGUUUGUUCUUGGAUAAGUAAUGGUUGGAUAUUUAAUUAUUUUGGAACACGUCGUAUGCUUGCUA